CUUCCUUCCCUAUUCUCCCUCUCUCUCUCUCUCUCGUGCCAGAGCCGGGGAAACUGAGGACUCCAAAGCAUUAGGUGUUCAAUGGCGUCGACAGUUCCUUACGAAAUCAUCGACGACGACGACGACGACGACGACGAGUUCGAUUGGGAAGCAGCAGCUAAAGUGGUGGAUAUCGCUUGCCAAAGCUCAAAACCCUCCAAUUCACGCCCACUGGAACCUUCUCAUUCACUUCCUCUUAAGAACAAGAAAUUCAGCGCUUCUCGGCAGUCCACUCUUGAUCAAUUUGUUUGUGCAGCGGGCCCCAGAUCCCUUUCGGAGAAACCGUCUCCCAGGAUCAGGAAUGAUCAUCACUUUAACGGUGAUGAAGGGAGGUGUUGCGUCAACAUUGAUACUGAGGCAGCCAAAACAUGGAUAUACCCAGUUAAUAUUCCUCUUCGUGACUAUCAGCUCUCAAUAACCAAGACAGCUUUAUUUUCAAACACAAUAGUGGCAUUGCCAACGGGACUCGGGAAAACUCUUAUUGCUGCUGUUGUUAUGUAUAAUUAUUUCAGAUGGUUUCCAGAGGGGAAAAUAGUUUUUUCAGCCCCUUCUCGACCGCUUGUUAUGCAGCAAAUAGAAGCAUGCCAUAAUAUUGUGGGAAUACCACAAGAAUGGACAAUUGAUAUGACAGGUCAGACAUCUCCUGCAAGAAGAGCAUGUCUUUGGAAAACUAAACGAGUUUUCUUUGUCACUCCACAAGUUCUGGAGAAGGAUAUUCAAUCUGGUGCAUGUUUGGUGAAACACCUUGUGUGUUUGGUGAUAGAUGAAGCUCAUCGAGCAUCGGGAAAUUAUUCCUACUGUGUGGCAGUUCGUGAGUUAAUGGCAGUACCAGUGCAUCUGAGAAUAUUAGCUUUGACUGCAACACCAGGAUCAAAGCAGCAGGCUGUUCAGCAGAUUAUUGAUAAUCUACAUAUAUCAACACUUGAAUAUCGCAAUGAAAGUGACCAUGAUGUCAGCCCAUAUGUUCACAAUAGAAAGAUAGAAUUAAUAGAGGUUGCAAUGGGCCGAGAUGCCGUUGAGGUAAACAAUUUGCUGUCAGAAGUGAUACGCCCAUUUGUGGCUAAGCUUUGUGGUAUUGGAGUGCUGCAGAAUAGGGACUUUCAGACGCUAAGCCCAUGUGAUUUACUUAAUUCGAGGGAGAAAUUUCGUCAAGCACCACCACAAGAACUCCCUCAUAUCAAAUAUGGAGAAAUUGAAGGAUAUUUUGCAGUGCUUAUAACACUUUACCAUAUUCGUAAGCUACUUUCAAGCCAUGGAAUAAGGCCAGCAUAUGAGAUGCUUGAAGAAAAGAUGCAACAUGGGUCUUUUGGUAGAUUAAUGAAUAAAAAUGAAGUCAUCUGGAAGGCAAAGCUCUUGAUGCAGCAAAGCUUAUCUCAUGGCGCUACAAACCCUAAAUUGUUAAAAAUGUUAGAUGUGCUGAUUCAUCAUUUUAAAACAAAUGAUCCUCAAAAUUCACGGGUUAUCAUUUUCUCAAAUUUUAGGGGGAGUGUCAGGGACAUAAUGGAUGCAUUGGCGAGCAUUGGGGAGUCGGUGAAAGCUACCCAGUUUAUUGGUCAAAGUUCAGGAAAAACUUUGAAAGGACAAUCGCAAAAGGUUCAACAAGCUGUCCUGGAGAAAUUUCGAGCCGGGGGAUACAAUGUCAUUGUUGCCACAUCGAUAGGUGAAGAAGGCCUGGAUAUCAUGGAGGUUGAUCUUGUAAUAUGCUUUGAUGCUAAUGUCUCCCCUUUGAGAAUGAUUCAGCGGAUGGGAAGGACGGGAAGGAAACAUGAUGGACAAGUUGUAGUUUUGGCUUGUGAGGGAUCAGAGUUGAAGGGUUACAUGCGAAAGCAAGCAAACAGCAGGGCUGUAAGAAAACAUAUGCGUAAUGGAGGGAUGAAUAGCUUCAAUUUCCAUCCUAGUCCGAGGAUGGUAAGGUCUAUCAGAGAGAUUCCACAUAUUUUCAAACCAGAAGUUCAGUUUGUUGAGAUGUCAAUUGAGCAGUUUGUUCCUCGUAGACGGAAAAUUAAGGAUGAUCACCCUUCUGAAACACCUAUAUUUGAAGAUAAACUAACUGGUGCAGAGACUGAAUUGCUUUCAAAGUAUUUCCCCCCUACCAGAGAGAGUUCUUGGAGGCCAUCUCUUAUUGCCUUUCCACACUUUCAGGUGUUUCCCUCUAGAGUGCAUCAAGUAAUGCACUCCUUGAGAACAGGGAUUCUUAUUGAUGUUAUGCAACAUUUGCAAGGAUUAUCAUUUGGCCAAGAUACUAAAUCUUUCCCGUUUGAGGAUGAAGCAUCUUCAUUCCAGUGCUUGGGAGUUGAAAUUGUUGACAAACAAGACAAUAGCAGAGAGGCUUCACUUCGAGUUGACGGUCUCUCGAGAGUGCAAUCACAAAUAAAUGUAUUAGAUUCUGAAGGAUCACAAAGAAAUGUAUUAGAUUCUGAAGUAUCACCUUCAGGGAUCCCAAGAACUAAUAGUAUGUCUGAUAUUGGAGACCAAGCCCCUCCUUUGCAUUCAUACCUUUUUGGCUCAGAUUUUGUUGCUGUUGAUGCUCUUGGAAAAGUCCUAAUUUUAUCUGUCCCUGUGCUUCCCUUCAAAGAAAUUUCACAUACUAAAUGUGCAAGUGCAAGCAUUACAGUGGCACUAAAUUAUUCGAAGCAAGAUUCUUGCCAAUUUGAGAGAGGAAAAUAUGAAGAGCCAAACAUCGAAGAAACAACUGUUGCAGAGCUGCCUUCUCCUACCAUAUCAUACAGAAAGAAUGGGACCCUGCAAAUACCUGGAUCAAGUAACUCUGAUGCUCAGCAAGGCAGAAUGCCAGAUGUAAUUGAAAAUGGGAAGCCUCAAAUGAAGAAAACUCCCUCAAAUGAAGGACAUAGUGAACAUGAGAAGUCUGAUGCCGUGGAAAACAAAACACCAAUAUUGCUACCUGAGAAAUGCUGCAAUGAUUUUGAAGAUAGUGAGCUUAGUCCUCGAUUAAGUAACUUGAUGAAAAAUGGUGUCAUUCCAGAGUCUCCAAUUGAUGAUGGGUCAACUGCCAAAGAGAGAAAUGAAUUUCUGGUUCCAGAGCUUGUUUCUCCGGCCAAAUUGCAGGCGGAGCUGCUAAUGAAGUCUCCCAGUUCAGAUAAGAAUAAAGAUGCCAUUGAGGAGAGUAAUGGCAGAGUGAGGGAUGUCUAUGGUUCUAUUAGCCAAGAAAUUCACACUCCUUUGCUCAAGGUGAACAGUAGUGCCAAUGCAAGGGGAUGUGUGUUGACUUUUCCUAUCGAUGAUGAAAUUCAAACCCCUUUGGCAAAUCUCACAAAUAGUAGCUGUAGCAAAGAUUGGCGUUUGAGUUCUGGAGACAACUCUGAAAGUGUCAACCAGGUACGCAAGUUUAAAAGGUUGCGCAAGCAUGAAGAUUCUGAAAAAAGGAAUCUUUUGGAAAGUAUGAAAGAAAAUUCAGUUGUCCCUAUGGAAACACUUGCUAAAUCUCUUGCUCGUUUCACUCAUAUCUCAAAAAAGCAUACCAGAGGUAAAACGAAGCCAGUUGACACUGUCAGUGCCUUCAUUGAAGAGGAAGCUGAGGUAUCUUCGGACACUGAAGUAUCUGAUGAUGAGGAAGAUGGCCAAGACAAUAAUUCAUAUGAUGAUAGUUUCAUCGAUGACAGGAUAAAUCCUACGGCAGCAGGUACUCAAGCUGGAGAAGAUAGAGUUGACAUGAUGGCAUUUUACAGGCGUUCUUUGCUCAGCCAAACACCUAUAGGAAGGCUGUCAAACAUUAACACUGAGUUAAGUCCUGACUGCGUGGCUCCUAGCACCAGGAUGACCAAACCUGGGUUUACUCCAGAUACCGUGAAUUCUUUCCAGACAACUGUAAUUGGAUCUGCAAAUCAGUCUGCUGGAGUAAAUUCUGUGUCUUAUCCACUAAACCCAGAGGGAAGUUUUUCAGAAGCAGAGCUACACACAGCAGGUAUUUGUCUAAAAGAAAAUGAGAAGAAAGUGGAAGGUCGAAAGAGAAAAUUGAGUUUUCAUCAAGCUGGCUCUGUUCCUGUAGUUAACUUGGAGCAGGAGUUCUCUUUUCAGUUGGAGGCUUCCUGCAAUGUUUCAUGCCUACAGGGUCAAUCUGAUAAAAAUCAGGUGAAUACUGAUGUGCUUGAUGACGAUCAAUUUUAUGAUGGUCUUGAUCUUGAUGAAGUGGAGGCACAAGCUGCCAUGCUUCUCAAAUCCAAAUCCGCGUUGUCAACGCAGGAACAGAAUAUGAUUCCUGAAUCAAACCCACAAAAUCUUGAUCUUCUGGGUUCUCCGUCAUUUGAUCUUGGGAUUUGAAUUUCUAGGGAAAAAAAAUAAUUCAGUUCCUUUAUGAUGCAAGUGCUAAUUAUUUUUACCUAGAAAUGGACAAAUUUGUUGAUCUAAAGGAAGCUUGUCAGAUCAAUGAACGAAUUAAAUUUUGUUAUCAGAUAGAUGUGAUUUAGGCUUUAUUAUCAUAGGUUAGAAAGAGAUGGGCAUCAUAGUGCAGAAAAGAUGUAAUUUAUCACAUGUAUUCAUGGUGGAAAAUCCACCUACACAAGAAGGGGAAAAAGGUUUCGCAUGUAUGUUGUGUUUUGUUGCUUGUUCUGUAUAUUUAAUAGCCAAGACUCGUUGUAUUCAAAUGUUAUUGUAAAUAAUGAGCUCCUAAAAUAUGACGAUAUGCAUAAGUUUUAGCAUUUU